AUGAUGUUCACAGGAAUCGACUACGUCUCAAGGUGGAUGGAAAUUGACGAGUCGAUGACUUUUGAAGAGUCAUUCAAACGAUUAGCCGAGAAAAGACAUCAUUCGGUUCAAAAUGUGAGACAAAUCGGAUGGAUUCAUGUUGGAGCCGUGUAUAUGCUGUCAGUUAAUAAUGAGGUGGAUUUAUUUGGAUACAACGACAUCAAGGGAGUUUUCAACGAUAUGAUCCAAAAACGUGUAGGAGUUCCGAGAGAUGCUCAGUUUUGA